CUUCCUUUUCUCUGCUUUUCUACGUUUUUGCAAUUUCAGUUCUAUUAAACGACGGUUCGAGCAAAAAAGCGCCGCAACAAAACCCUAAUCCAAUUAUUUCACCAAAACCUCGCUCUUCUCCCUCCCACUGGCAAAUGCUCUUGGUUCGCGACAACAACUUUGGCAUUUAGAAGAAAAUAAAACAAAAAACAAUGGCAGAGGAAAAACUAUUCCGAGUAGGGUACGCUUUGUUGCUGAAGAAGCAAAGCAGCUUCAUCCGAGACUCGCUCGUGAAUCUUGCAAGAUCCCGCGGAAUAGACCUGGUCCGGAUCGACCCAAACCGGAACCUAACGGAUCAAGGUCCGUUUGAUUGCGUCCUCCACAAACUCUACGAUGACGAUUGGAGGAAUCAACUGAACGAGUUUACCGCGAAUUAUCCUAAUGCCGUCGUUCUUGAUUCUCCGGAAUCGAUCGAGAGGCUCCACAACCGGAUUUCGAUGCUGCAGGUCGUGUCGGAGUUGAAAAUCGACGACCGGACCGAGACUGUCGGGAUUCCGAAGCAGAUUGUGAUAAACGACAAGGCGAAGCUGUUCGACCGGCGGAUCUGGAAGGCUUUGAAGUCUCCGGUGAUCGCAAAACCUCUGGUGGCCGACGGCAGCGCGAAGUCGCACAAAAUGGCGCUGGUUUACAACCACGAAGGUUUGAAUUCUCUGAAGCCUCCUGUGGUGGUGCAGGAGUUCGUGAACCACGGUGGCGUGAUCUUCAAGGUGUACGUGGUCGGGGAGCGCGUGAGGUGCGUGAAGCGGAAGUCGCUGCCGGACGUGGGAGAGGAGGAGAUGAUGAAGGUUUCGGAGGAUUUGUGGGCGUUUUCACAGUUUUCAAACUUGGCAAGCGAUGAAAGAACCGACGAUAAAUAUUACAAGAUGAUGCAUUUGGAUGAUGCUGUGAUGCCUCCUCUGAGCUUCGUUACUCAGAUAGCUCUAGAGUUGAGGCGUGUGAUGAAGCUGAACCUGUUUAAUUUCGAUGUUAUUAGGGAUUCUCGACGCAAAAAUCGUUAUCUUAUUGUUGAUAUCAAUUACUUCCCAGGCUAUGCGAAGAUGCCUGGUUAUGAGACUGUUUUUACUGAGUUUUUGUGUGAUUUGUUGUGCAAGAAACAGCAAGGGGGUGAGACUGAGGAGUGUGACAAAGAUGCAACGAGGAUCGUGAGCAAUACUUGUAGUGAGGAUGGGGAAGAUAAAGAGGGUUCUGGAUAAGUAUGAAAAUCUCGUGUUCAAUGUGUUAUCAUCGACACAUUCUUUUAUCAACUCACAAAGUGGUGGAUGAUCACGUUCAAUAUUAAAUCUGAAACGAUUAAGUUUGUACUGUUUUUAACAAUUUAUCAAUAUGACAUGCAAGUUUCUCAGAUAUAACAAAAAUAU